AAAGUGGACUGAACCUGCAAACGCAGAGAUAGAAAGAGAUUAGAGAGAGAGAGAGAGAGAGAGAGAGAGAGAGAUCUGAGUUGGGGAGGGGACUGAGUCGGGGGGCCGAGUCGAGUCACGUCCUUUCGAGCUGUGCUGUCAACAUUAAUACGGUGAAGAAGAAGAACAAGAAGAAGCCAGAUGAAGAAAGAUCCUGACCGUUAGAUCCCAUCUCUGAUAGCUAAUACAUACCGUCCGAUUGUCCCCUCUCUCUUUCUCUCUGUGUGUAAAGCUCAAUUUGGAGCUCAAAGCCUUAAUCUAAAAAAAACAGAAUCAGACGGAGAGAGCUGCUUUCCAUGUUCACUCUGAAACCCAAUUUAUUUUGUUCUCGUUGUUUUUAAGAUUUGAAGCUGUGUAGUAGCUUUUAACUACAUCGUGAUGAAGCUCAGGAUCAGGUAGUAUAAGUGGGUCUCUGUAAUUGAGCUGCACGAAUGGUUGAAGCAUAGUUUUGAAGAAUUCUUGGUCACAAACCCUAGAAAUUCUUGUUCUUGGAACUGCAAAGCAAAAGUUGGGAGCAAAAUUGUUUGAAAUUUGAGUUCAAAAGCUUGACUUUCGCGUAAAAUGAUGGAAGGGCUUUUUGCUUAGAAACGAGAAGAGAAAAUUGUCCUAAGCAGAAUCAGCCAUGGAAGAUUAUUCAAAAUAUGCACAUAGUCCAGUUCAUUUAGCAGUUGCUCGUCGAGACUAUGCUGGCCUCAGGCGCAUUAUCCAAACCUUGCCUCGGCUUUCCAAGGCUGGUGAGGUUAACACUGAAGCGGAAUCUCUUGAGGCAGAGCUUCAAGCUGAUGCUGUCUCAGUUGUCAUUGACCGCCGCGAUGUCCCCGGACGUGAGACCCCUCUUCAUCUUGCAGUACGCCUUAGGGACCCAAUUUCAGCUGAGAUUCUAAUGGCAGCUGGGGCAGAUUGGAGUCUUCAAAAUGAGCACGGUUGGAGUGCUCUCCAAGAAGCAGUUUGCACCAGAGAGGAAGCAAUUGCUAUGAUCAUUGCGCGGCACUACCAGCCCCUUGCAUGGGCCAAAUGGUGUAGAAGACUUCCCCGCAUUGUUGCCUCAACAGCACGGAUCCGUGAUUUUUACAUGGAAAUAACUUUUCAUUUUGAGAGCUCAGUCAUUCCCUUUAUUGGUCGUAUUGCACCAUCAGACACUUAUCGCAUUUGGAAGCGUGGUUCUAAUCUCCGUGCUGAUAUGACCCUCGCUGGCUUUGAUGGGUUCCGCAUUCAAAGAUCUGAUCAGACAUUCUUGUUUCUUGGAGAAGGCUACACUUCUGAGGAUGGUAAUGUGACUUUGUCACCUGGUUCUUUGAUUGUUCUUGCCCAUAAGGAGAAGGAGAUUACGAAUGCUUUGGAAGGAGCUGGUGCACAACCAACAGAAGCAGAAGUUGCCCAUGAAGUGGCCUUGAUGUCACAGACCAAUAUGUAUAGGCCAGGGAUUGAUGUUACUCAGGCUGACCUUGUUCCCCAUUUAACUUGGAGGCGACAGGAGAGGACUGAGAUGGUAGGAAAUUGGAAGGCCAAAGUUUAUGAUAUGCUUCAUGUCAUGGUAAGUGUGAAGUCAAGGAGAGUUCCUGGUGCUAUGACCGAUGAGGAGCUCUUUGCAGUGGAUGAUGAAGAAAGGAUGGCCAAUGGUGGUGAUAAUGACGACUAUGAUGAUGUAUUGACAGCUGAGGAACGAAAGCAGUUGGAUUCUGCACUUCGUAUGGGAAACUCAGAUGCUGUUUGUGAGGAAGAGGAGAAUGGGGUCCUUGACUGCCAUGAAAAUGGUUCAGGAGGACCCUAUGAAAAUGGUGAAUGCAAUGGUCUUGCUAAGGAGAAGAAGAGUUGGUUUGGUUGGAACAAGAAAAGUUCCAAGUCUAACAGUGAUGACACCGAUGAUCCAAAGAUUUUGAAGAAGUUCUCAAAGUUGGCCCCAGAAGGUAGCAACCAGAAACCACUUGAUCAUCAGAAAAUAUCAUCUGAAAUUCCUAAAGAAGAUAUGGCGGAUGCUAAAAAGGGAAAGGACAAAAGCAGUAAGAAGAAAAAGAAAAAAGGCGCCACCAGCGAGUCUAAGCAUGAAAGUGAGUACAAAAAGGGCCUGAGACCUGUAUUAUGGUUGACACCGGAUUUCCCGUUGAAAACAGAUGAGCUUCUGCCUUUGUUAGAUAUCCUAGCGAACAAGGUCAAGGCUGUUAGGAGACUCAGGGAGCUUUUGACCACUAAACUACCACAUGGCACUUUUCCAGUGAAGGUUGCCAUCCCCAUUGUCCCAACUAUAAGAGUCCUUGUUACUUUUACUAAGUUUGAGGAGCUACAACCAUUGGAGGAGUUUGCUACCCCUCUAUCGAGUCCAGCACAUUUUCAGGAUGCUAAGUCAAAGGAAUCAGAGGGGUCUUCUUCAUGGAUUUCAUGGAUGAGAGGGAGUCGUGGUGGACAAUCAAGCGAGAGUGAUAGUCACCGGUAUAAGGAUGAGGUCGAUCCUUUCAAUAUACCAUCAGACUAUACCUGGAUUGAUGCCAAUGAGAAGAAACGUAGAAUGAAGGCAAAGAAAGCCAAGAGCAAGAAACAUAGAAAGCAUGCUGCGGGAAAAGGUGGAGAUGGGGGACAUCAGGCGAGUGAGGAUGUGGAAGAGUAAUUGCAUCAAAGACGACUCCAUGUACUUUACCACUUUGAGAGCUGACAACAGAAAAAGGAGGUAAAGCUUGUUCCCAUGCACAUCUGACCUUUUAUUCUUCCUCUGAAUUAUAUGGUGGAGGAUUUACAGAAUAUUUUUUAGGUGAUCAAUUGUUGUUGAUUUAGAAGAAGGGUUGUUAUCUUCUUCAUUUGUUGUGUCGUCAUGUGAUGUGAAAUUUGAGAGAAACAGUCCCUUUUAAUAGCUUACUCUGUCCUGAUUUUUCAUUUUGACACCAAUCAAUGUAUCUAAGCAGUUUAUCCUUUUCCUUGAUUGGUAUUCACUUUUGUUUGUCAUUGUUGCAAGAACUUAUCCUUUGUCAAUUCAUCUGUUUGUAAGGUAAUAUUUCUAAUUUUGACAAAAUUUUGUA